UCUGCCGUCAGUAUCCAGUCUGGCCCCUCUAUCUCUAAGGCGAGGUUUGUUGUCAAUGCUGACGGUACCCACGAACACCAUCUUCGGAGUGCCAAGCGACAAGAGAAGCUUGGAAGCAUGUUGAAGGACUUGAUGGGGGCGAAGAAGCUCCGAAACGAGGCAGUGUCUGCUGUUCCUGGCUUGCUUUCGCACAUUCCAAACCUCUCGGGAACGCCGUCUCUGGGGGUUGCCACCCCACCUUGCGCCGCUCCUCCAACGCUAUUCGCUGGCUUGGUGAACCAGGUCAAACAGGGCGAAGAGACUCCGUUUACGCCGAACCAACACCUGACCCUGCAGCCGAUGAUUACUCACUCCCUCGCGCCUACAAACUCUCUGGACAGCCGCUCCUUUUUCGAAAAGUACGGGCGAUGCCAGGAGGUGGUCGGGAAGGGCGCUUUUGGGGUGGUGCGUGUAGCUCACAAAAAGUCGGAGAAAGCCUCGGGUGAGACGUUGUUUGCUGUCAAAGAGUUCAAGCGGAGGGUGCAGGAAACCGACAAGACGUACUCCAGACGCUUGACUUCGGAGUUCUGUAUAUCAUCGUCUCUCAAGCACCCUAACAUUAUCCAAACAUUGGACUUGCUCCAGGAUGCUAAGGGUGAUUACUGUGAGGUCAUGGAGUAUUGUGCGGGCGGUGACUUGUACACCUUAAUUAUCGCUGCAGGGAAGCUUGAGUUUGCCGAGGCUGACUGCUUCUUCAAGCAGCUCAUCAGAGGCGUGAACUACAUGCAUGAAAUGGGUGUUGCACACCGUGACUUGAAACCAGAAAAUGUGUUGCUCACCUCAAACGGGACUUUGAAAAUUACUGACUUUGGUAACGGAGAGUGUUUCCGGAUGGCUUGGGAGACUGAAAUCCACUUCUCCCUGGGCGUGUGCGGUCUGUCACCUUAUAUCGCCCCUGAAGAGUACUUGGUGGAGGAGUUUGAUCCGCGUGCGGUGGAUAUCUGGGCCUGUGGGGUUAUCUACAUGGCCAUGCGAACGGGUAGGCAGUUAUGGCGGUUAGCCAAUGCUGAAGACGAAUUCUAUCUGACCUACUUGGAGAAACGGAGAGACGCCAAGGGGUAUGACCCGAUUGAGUCGUUAAAGAGAGCGAGAUGCAGAAACGUCAUCUACUCCAUUUUGGAUCCGAUUCCUGGCAGAAGAAUCACCGGAAAGCAGAUUUUGAACAGUGAGUGGGGGAGAGAAAUCAAGGUGUGUGAAGCCGCUGAU